UAAUUUGUGUCUAUUUCACAAUAAUCUGUGAUAGUGUGUUAUAGUUUAUAUUUCAAUGAAGCACAGUGACCCCAAGAUAUGUACAGACGAAUAGGUGUUUUAUUUGUUUGGAUGAAAAAUUUGUGUCUGUGUUUUUCAAUCCUCUCACCUCAGGGAAGCCCCCAAAGCUGCUCAGUAAAUAAGAUUCUCUCUCUCUCUCGCUCUCUGUCUUUCACCCGCAGAGCUUCUCAGUAAAGUGACAGUUCAGCAACAUGAAGAGGAUUCUCAUCUCUCUCUCUCUCUCUCCCAGGAACGAGGCCCCACCUCUUGUUUUCCCCCAACCCUGAGUCAUAUACAUUUGAGUCAGCGGUGAGUGUGAGUGCAUUUUGCUCCUUCUCUUCCUCUUGCUUCCUCUUCUUUUUAUAUCUGUCUUCUUCUGUCUCUCUUUCUCCAUCCUUCUCUCUCUUCUCCCUCUGAUUUUGAUCUCUGUCUACCCCUUCCCACAAAAAUUUUCACUCUCGUCCUCCUCUUCUCCCUCUGCUCUCUCACUCACGCGCUGUCUUGCGUCUUUCCCGGGAAUCCUAAGCGCAUCCCUGGUCUCGCAGGUGGACGUCGGCCCACUACCCAGGAGCCACCAUUCCCGCCCCGGAGAGCUCCACGCUGGCAGCGCAGCCCCUUCCGCGGCUCAGCAUUGGGAGGAAGACCCUGGUGGCAGCCGCCGUGGGAGUCAUGCUAGUCCUGGUGCUGGUGGUCCUCAUCCCCGUGCUGGUCAGCUCAGUGAGCACAGACGACGCCAGCCACUUUGAGAUGCUAGGCACCUGCCGCAUGGUGUGCGAUCCCUAUCUGGACUCAGGGGGCACAGGGAAAGCUACCUCCACCACGGGCCUCCAGGCGGAAGCAGAGGCUGAGGAGCUGAUUGACCACAGCAUCGGCCCGCCGAUGCCCACCUAUGGUAGCCAUGGUUCACAGGGAAAGCCCGGACGGCCUGGGAAACCCGGACCCCCGGGACCACCCGGGGAGCCCGGUCCGCCUGGGCCCAAAGGACCCCCAGGGGACAGAGGAGACGCUUUGAAGACGGGGAUACUGGGUCUGGGGGGCCAAGGAGCCAUCGCCACAGCCACCUACAGCACCACGCCACGGGUGGCUUUCUCUGCAGGACUCCGGAACCCCCAGGAGGGUUACGAGGUCCUGAAGUUUGACGAUGUGGUCACCAACCUGGGGGAUAACUACGACAGCUCGCUUGGCAAGUUCACGUGCAAGAUCCCCGGCACCUACUUCUUCAUCUACAAUGUGCUGAUGAGGGGAGGGGAUGGCACCAGCAUGUGGGCGGACCUGAUGAAGAACGGUCUGGUCAGGGCCAGUGCCAUAGCCCAAGACCAGGACCAGAGUUAUGACUACGCCAGCAACAGUGUCAUCCUUCAUUUGGAUGCCGGGGAUGCGGUCUUCAUCAAACUGGACGGGGGCAAGGCCCACGGGGGCAACAGCAACAAAUACAGCACCUUCUCAGGGUUCAUCCUCUAUGCUGACUGAUUAGGGGGUCGUAGGUCAUGGUUUACAGGGCAUUCACUUCCUGUCUUUCACUCCUCGCUCUCAUUCAUUCUCCAUAUUAAGCUCCAUUUUUUUUAAUGGGUUGCUAUUAUCAUUGUGAAGAUGCAGGGAGGUCUAUCGACAAUAGUGGUUCACUUAUGGUUGUUCUUUCAGUUAUGACGCUGAUGUAAGGGUGACAUUUUGACAGUGCAGAAAAGCAGCGCUGUUGUCAACCUAAACCUGCAUCACUUCAAAUGUACGUCUGGAAUUCAAUGGUUACGUGACUGUAUUGCGUAUCAAUAAUCUCCAUCGUUCAGACCUGGGUUCAAAUAGUACUGUUUUCCUUCAAAAACUUGAGCUCCCCUGGCACAGUGGAAUGAAUUGAAUCUUGAAUUUAAUCUUAAAAGUGCAUCUGUCACUAAAGACAGUCUCAAUCAAAUGCUCAAAGUUUUUCAAAAGAUACUACCACGCCAAUGUCUGCAAAAUUAGCACGUUUUACACUUCAUACCCAAAUCAACGACUGUUUACAGGGUAAGGAAGUCACGUUUAUAUUUUGGGUGAAUUAUGCUACUAGCUUACAAGUAUUGGUAAAAACAAAUAGUAUUUUUUGACACUAGUAUUGCUUUUUCACAUUGUCAAAAUUGAGGUCCAUUGGGUCUCUUUAUGUUAGAGCAAUUUUGGAAUUAAGACACGCGUCAUUAAACCGACCAAGUUUUUUAACCCAGUGUUGUCUGAUGAAUAAGAGAUCAUGUAAUAUUACCCAGUACAUUUUUAAAUAUUAUUCAUUUAUUUCUAUGUAAAUAAAUAUCAAUGUGCAAACACCAUUGGAGCCAGGGUUCGGGUCAAUUCAAAUUGAAGGCAUUCAAUACAGAAACUAAACUGAAAUUCCCAUUCAAUAAUUGAAAAAAGUAGAAGCUAUUUAUUCCAUAAGUGGUUAAGUUUUAGAAUUGUUUAUUCAAAUCACUUCCUGAAUUGAGUGCCUUCAAUUCGAAUUGACUCCAACACUGAUUGGAGCAGUGCCUGUACUGCACUUAUAACCCUGUGUGUAUAUAAAUACAAUUAUAGUGUACAUAGACUGACCAGGCGAAUCCAGGUGAAAGUUCUGAUCCCUUAUUGAUGUCACCUGUUAA